AUGGACAGCAACGCCUCCCCCUCCUCCAACCACCCGUCCAUGUCGUUCUCUCCCGCAGGCGCCGACAUAGGCAGUGCUGGCCCUGGCUCUUCCCGGUCCGGCACAGUUACCGACCUCCCCCAAGCGCAAGUCGAUGCGAUUAUCCGCGCGAAACGCAAGGCGCGCGAACCGAAAGCCUGCUAUCCCUGCCAUGCGCGGAAGGUGAAAUGCGACCGGAACCUGCCAUGCGAUGGAUGUGUUAAGCGCGACCAUGCGGAGCUUUGCUCGUACGAGCGGCCGUCGAAGAGACGUGUUGGAACUGGCCCGGACACUGGUUAUUUGGAUGGUGGUGCCGGUCAUCCUGCUGUAGGCGCUGGCCCUGCCGCUGGUGGCACGAGGACGUCAGCUGGCGGGGAAGCUGGGCUAGAUGGUUCAGUCAGACUGAAGCAGGAGCCUGGGUUGAGUAGCCACACGAGCCCGGCGGGUGGCGGACGGGUCUCGAUUGCCCGCGAGGACUGGGAUAAUGUUCGCAACAAAUUAAGAGAGAUGGAGCAGACACUAGCGAUUAUGCGGGCAGGAUUAGACAAGGCCAAUGAGGAGGGUGUGGGGGUGCAUUCGACAUUGGAGACGGGAAGCGUGCAGAGCGCUGAUGCAAGCAACCGGUCGAAAGGCGGCUCUCCGGAGCGAGAGGGGAUUCUUGCCCCGAAUACUCUGGGCGAGGGUACAGUGCAUCUCGGAUCAAGAUCGGUCCUGGCUUAUAUUCUGAAUAACAAGUCUGGGUCCGAUCAAUUGCAGGCUUUGCUCGAGGGAGGGAUUUUGCCGAAGCUUGGUCUUGACAAUGAGUCUGCGACGUAUCCGUUUGUUGAUUUGUGGUCGUCCGAGAUGUCGACUUUUGACAUCAGUGCAGUCUGCUGUGCGCUUCCGACAGACCAGCAGUGCAAGGAGUUUUUCUGCUACUACCGAGAUAUCGCCGGCGCUAUCUAUCCUGUUAUCGAGGACGUAGCUUUGUUUGAGCGGAAUCUCGACCUUCUCCUGCACAAUAGAAACACUGCUGGCGGGGUGUACAGAGCAGAUGAUGACCAUGCGCAGAGGCCGUUUGGCAUGUCCAUUGCAUUCCUUGGUUUAUUGUUCGCGGUCCUGGCUUCCGGCUGCCAGUCAUCGGACUUGCCUGGUAAAGAACGGGAGCUGAGUUCACAGGUCUAUGUGUGCUGCUCGUAUCAAUGUCUCCGCAUGACAAACUUUCUGUCUCAGCCAACGAUAGAAGCCAUUCAGACUUUGCUGGUGAUUGGCAAUGUCUUAUCGUAUAACAUGAACCCAGGGAUCUCUUACGUUUUACUCGGCAUGACACUUCGAAUGGGCCUGGCGCUCGGCUUGCACGUUGAAUCGAGCCAUUUCUCCACAGUCGAACGUUAUCGACGGCGGCAUGUGUGGUGGUCCAUGGCAUGGCAGGACAGCCAUUUCUCACUAUCCUAUGACCGGCCGUCGACCACCGCUGUUAGUCAACCGGAGAUCGCGAAAAGGGAGGGCUCUAAGCCCGGCGAUUACACCUACUUCGAGUCUCUCUGCGGGGUGAUUUCUUUAGCUCUCAAAGUCGUCCGCAGCCGUAUGCUCAGUCCACACUCCCAACUGAGCUGGGAGAGUAUCCAAAACUACAAAGACCAGAUUCAGAAGAUCCUCAUCGAAGCGCGCCCCUAUCUCCGCGAUCCCAAAUACUGCAUUACUCCCACCGAACACCUCGAGCGCACCGUCCUCAAACUCCACUCCUCUUAUUUCUCUUCUGAGCUCUGCCGGCCAGCGCUCAAGUCCGCCAACGCGCGCGACCCGCAAACCGCUCGCAUGCGCGCCGAGUGUCUUGAACAUCUUAUGACGACAGUGGACGCGUACGUGGAGAUGCACACCGUCAGUCCACACGCCGCCCGAUCAUGGAUCACGCUACAGCGCGCAAUCAGCUCAAUCUUCCUUCUUGCCGUCACAGACGAAACCAAGUCGAACCCGCAGUUCUGGACCCUCCUUCGCAGACUCAAGGCCAUCAUUAGCGAACGUGCAGAAGCAGAGUUCGACUAUGGUGCAGACGCCACUGCCGCAUCCGCCGCCACGGCACCAGACCGCAGCCCUAUGAUCAACAGCCUCGGCCAGCCUAUUCCAAACCCGGCCGGCGCUUCACCAGCGGCACUGAGCUCGCCAGCCGGCGGGGUAGCCGUAGACCCGCAAACACAGUGGGCGAAGCCGUUAACGAAGACCCUCCGCGCGCUCGAAAAACUCGAAGCCGCCUUCCAUACCCAUACAUCCCCUCUUAUGACCACCGGAGCAUCGCCGACAUAUCUCAACCCGGUCACGGCGAUGCAUGGCACCACCAAUAACAUUGUUCCCGUUUCGACGUCAGCGUCGGCCUCUGGGAUGACGCCAAACCUGGGCUCGUUGCCGCCUCAUACGCCAGAGAGUUCGACGAGUGGGGAGUGGACAAUACCGAACAUCCUCGAUCGGGCGCAAGAGUAUAUACAUCCGCCUUUGUGGAGUUAG